AAAUCACGUUCAUCACACUUAAAUUUAAAAAGCAAUGCAAUUUUUUGUGUAUUAAUUAAUUAUAAUAUUCAUCUCGUCUUUUAUACAUGUUAACAAAAAAAUUAUAGUAAUGUUUAUAUGGAUUUUAAAUAUAGUCAAGUAAAUUUACGGUAGUGCUGGUUAAGCAUAAAGUGGAUGAAGUAUGGUGUGUGUUCCAUUUGGUUUAAUGAUUUGUGGUGAAUAAAUUGGUCACAGAGAAAUAGUAUAGUGUUGAUGAGAGAAGCAUUUAAUUAAAUUAUGUAUGCACUGCACUGCUAAAGUUAAAACUUGGUAUGGGGUUAAAAUAGAGAAGGGAAAGGGAAGUAGGUGAAAAAGGUGCGUCUGUGUGAGAGAGAGAUUAGUGAUCCCGUCGGUGUUACGCAGUGGGAUUUUACUUUUGUAGUGGAUAUAUAUAUUUCUAUGAUCCAUUAUUUACUGAUGGAAUUGACACAGGAGAGAUAGUUGCGGGCGGCUGAGGAAAGAAGAAUUGGCGAUGGCGAUGGCGAUGACCUGAACUACGGACUCUUCUUCAACUCUCUCUCUCUCUCUCACUCAGACUUGUACGCUUGGGAACAAAGGAUUUAAUGGGUUCUAGAUUCCCAUCUCACCAGCUCAGCAAUGGCCUUUACGUCUCAGGCCGCCCUGAGCAGCCCAAAGAAAAAACCCCAACGAUCACCUCUGCCCCCAUGCCUUAUACGGGUGGCGACAUUAAAAAGUCGGGAGAACUUGGGAAAAUGUUUGAUAUCCCCGUCGAUGGAUCCAAAUCCAGGAAAUCUGGACCCAUAACAAGUGCACCUUCAAGGACUGGAUUAUAUACUGCUGCCUCCUCACAUUCGGGCCCUAUCAAUUCUAAUGUUGCUGCUAGGACGAGCUACUCAACCUCAGGUCCCAUAGCAUCCUCAGGGGUCCCUGCUUCUGUUUCUACAAAGAAAUCUAAUUCUGGACCGCUUAGCAAGCACGGCGAGCCUAUAAAAAAGUCAUCUGGUCCUCAAUCUGGUGGAGUGACGCCAACUGGACGCCAAAACUCAGGUCCUCAACCACCAAUUCUCCCUGCAACUGGUCUUAUUACUUCGGGUCCCAUCUCUUCUGGGCCUCUGAAUUCCUCUGGAGCCCCAAGAAAGGUCUCGGGUCCGUUAGACUCAAUGGGGUCAGCCAAGAUUCAUGGCCCUUCCACUGUUAACAACCAGGCUGUGACCACUCUCAGUCAAAAUGAUGUGUAUUCCUUCAAGAGGAGCUUCCCUAAACCCAUCCUGUGGGCAAUGAUUUUGUUAUUUGUGAUGGGCUUUAUUGCUGGGGGAUUUAUUCUUGCAGCCGUGCACAAUGCUAUUUUGCUGAUUGUGGUUGUGGUUCUAUUUGGCAUUGUUGCUGUGUUGUUCGUAUGGAACUCUUGCUGGGGUGGAAGUGCUAUAGUUGGUUUUGUUACCCGCUAUCCAGAUUCUCAAUUAAGAACAGCAAAAAAUGGUGAAUAUGUCAAGGUUUCUGGGGUGGUGACUUGUGGAAACGUGCCUCUUGAAUCUUCAUUCCAAAAAGUUCCUAGGUGUGUCUAUACUUCUACAAGUUUAUACGAGUAUCGAGGAUGGGAUUCAAAAGCUGCAAAUCCUACUCACCGGCGUUUUACAUGGGGCCUCAGAUCUUCAGAAAGACAUGUGGUUGACUUUUAUAUCUCCGAUUUCCAGUCGGGGUUAAGAGCAUUGGUUAAGACUGGCUAUGGUGCAAAGGUGACUCCUUAUGUAGAUGAGUCGAUAGUUGUUGAUGUGGAUCCUUUGAAUGGUGAGUUAUCUCCAGAAUUUAUCAGGUGGUUGAGAGAAAGAAAUCUUUCAAGUGAUGAUCGUAUAAUGCGACUGAAGGAAGGGUAUAUCAAAGAAGGAAGCACAGUGAGCGUGAUUGGAGUGGUUCAGAGGAAUGAGAACGUGCUUAUGAUUGUCCCUCCUCCUGAGCCAUUUACAACAGGGUGCCAGUGGCUGAAAUGCAUAUUUCCUGCUAGCCUCGAGGGCAUUGUGUUGAGAUGUGAAGAUGCGUCAAAAGUUGAUGCUAUACCAGUAUGAUAGGUGGUGGUUAUGUUCGACAUACUUAGGAUGGAUGUAUGUGAUGUUAGGUUAAAGAUGUUUAUUGUGGAGAGAGAGGUAUCUGAAAAUAGUUUGUGUUUCAUUUCCUGUAUAGUUAAACUAAAUAUGACAAUACAUUUCUUGUAAUAGAGAGAAUGAUGAUUAGAUGGAAAUGUUUGAGCCGUUGUGAUUACUAA